GCUUUGAUCCCACACAAGAUAUAAAACACUAAUAAUAACACAGCCUGGACGAGGAUCAUGUGUCCACCAAUUUCAGAUAAUUAGAAUUUGCCUGAAGCUAAAUAAAUCUCCUCUACCAACUGGCUGGGUCUUUAAAUGGCUGAUCAGGAUCUCCUCCCAGAAUCUCUGCCGUCUUAGUAGUAAGAAAUAGAUAGGAUUACAGCUGCAGCCAUUUGCCCAGCGAGUGGUCAAGCAUUAGUCAUUGUGUCUAAGCUGGAUUUAGGUCCAACUCACCAGUCAUCCCCACUGGUCUAGGACCUGAGUGUCUCCUGAAGGGAGAACAGAGCUGAGCUGUUGUUCAGUACAGAAAGAAUUCAUGCGGAGGCAUUAAAGUUCAGGCCAUGGAAAUAACGCUGAAGGGGUUCCCUAUGAAGGUGGCAAAUAUUCCAUGGAGGAAUAAUAAUCUCAGUGCUCUCCGUACAGACCCUCCUCUGUCUGAACAAGGAGAAACCAUCAUCGGGGUCUACCUGUUGGUGUUAGGAUGGCUGUCAUGGUUUGGAAACAGUCUAGUGAUAUUUGUCCUCUACAGGCAACGGGUCUCGCUUCAGCCAGCAGAUUUCCUCACGUUAAAUCUCGCCAUUUCUGAUGCCAGCAUCUCUGUGUUUGGCUACUCCAGAGGAAUCCUGGAAAUAUUCAAUAUCUUCAAGGACGAUGGGUAUUUGAUCACCUGGAUCUGGACCUGCCAGGUAGACGGCUUCCUCACCUUGCUGUUUGGCCUCGUGAGCAUCAACACCUUGACCGUCAUCAGCGUCACCAGAUACAUCAGAGGAUGCCACCCACACAAAGCUCAUUGCAUCAGCAACAACUCUGUUAUAGUGGCGGUAAUCUUCAUCUGGACUGGGGCCAUGUUCUGGUCUGUUGCUCCAUUGCUGGGAUGGGGCAGCUACACAGACCGAGGUUACGGCACCUGUGAGAUCGACUGGUCCAAAGCUAAUUACUCUACUAUUUACAAGUCCUACAUCAUCUCCAUCCUCAUCUUCUGCUUCUUCCUCCCCGUUAUGAUCAUGUUGUUGGCCUACAUAUCCAUCAUCAAAACGGUGAAAAGCACAAACGCCAUGUCAGCUAAUGGGUUCCUUUCAGAUCGCCAACGGAUAGUGGAACGGGACGUCACGAGGAUUUCCAUAGUAAUCUGCACUGCCUUCAUCACGGCCUGGUCCCCGUAUGCAGUGGUGUCCAUGUGGUCCGCCUGGGGCUUUCACGUGCCGAGUACAACCAGCAUCAUCACUCGGCUCUUCGCCAAGUCCGCCAGCUUCUACAAUCCGCUCAUAUACUUCGGCAUGAGCUCCAAAUUCCGCAAAGAUGUCUCCGUGCUGCUGCCGUGCUCGGUGGAGGGCAGGGAAGUGGUGCGCCUGAAACAGUUUAAGAACAUCAAACACAAAGCCGAGGCCCCACUGGCACCUGCUUCACUUCCUGUCCAGAGGGUGGAGGUGAAAUACGCCGCAGGAGGAAGAGGAGGAGCUAACCGCUCCAAUCCUGGCAGCGACUCAGGCGUCAACAGUCCUCCUCAGACUCCUCCAGUUUUCCACAUCGACAUACCGUCACACAUUGAAACAUCGGAGUACUGGUGCGAUCGACUCUGACGACUGUUUCUAACUCAGGAAUAAUUGUUUUUAUGUAUUUGUUGUUGUUUUACUCAUGUUCAUUACCUGCAUGUGUAACCUGUGUACCAAUGCUAAUAAAUUAUUUUCUGAAGCUCAAAUACAACUUUUCAUAAAUUUAGUUUCUUUGCUCAGCAACCUUAUGAACAUUCGUCUUGUUCACGGGUGAGGGAAAGAUGGAGCCUGAGAUUGAUGGACGGAUUGGCGCUGCAUCUGCAGUGAUGUGGGGGUUGAAGCGGUCUGUUGUGGUGAAGAGAGAGCUGGGCCAGAAGACAAAGCUCUUGAUUUAAGGGUUGAUCGAUGCUCCUACCCUCACCUAUGGUCACGAGCUUUGGGCAGCUUUGGUAAGAUCGCGGAUACAAGCAGCCGAAAUGAGUUUUCCCCGCAGGGUGUCUGGGCUCUCCCUUGGAGAUAGGGUGAGAAGCUCGGUCUGGGAGGGGCAUGGAAUAGAACCGCUGCUCCUCCACAUCGAA